CUGCGGGCUGCGGGCCGCGGGCCGGGAUGUGGCGGCGGCGCCGCGGCGGGGGCAGCUAUGAACGUUGCGGCUCCUCCGCAGAGAUGACUCACGCGCGCUCCUCGCCGGGGCCGGGGUUCGCCAUUGGCUCGCGGCGACAACAGCAUCAGCUGCUCCCCCGGGGCGCCCACCCCCGCGGCCGAGCGCCGAGCGGCCCGACCCGGGCGCGGGGUCAGGGGCCUGGCCUCCCUGCGGGGCCGCAGGCGGGGUCCGGGGCUGCGGCUGCACGGGACGGUGAAGACGAGUGCUCGGCAAACACUUGUUUGUUUGCUGAGCCCCCAGAAACUGGGGCACGGACCCGGCGAGCUCCCUCGCUGUCCGCCAAGGGCCUGACGGCUCCUCGCGGAACUUGCUGAUGGGACAGGUGAUGGGUACGGAGCGGCGAGGUGUGCUGACACCUGCAGCAUCUGCGUAGUUUAGGGGUUUUCCAAGUGACCUGAUAUCGCAGAAUAACGCGUGAGAGGGGCCCCCGGGGGUCAGACGUGGAGCCAAAAAACUACCUUUUUUGUGUCCUGCUGUGUCAUCAAAAAAGAACGGCCAUGAUCAUCGGAAAAGGCUGAGCUGCUUGCCGGUUCUCCGGGGUAUCUCCGUGAAGCGAGAGUUUCUUCGUGGACCUGAGCCACGGCGGGGGCCCGGGAGGCCUGCAAGGGUCAACCUCUCCGCUGCCUCUUCGGACGGUGCUUGUUUGGAGAACAGGGUCGCGGGCCGGGACGGGCGGGCCGCCAGCAUGCGGGAGGUGGACCUGGACGAGCUGGACGCGCAGCAGGUGCAGCUGCUGGCCGAGAUGUGCAUCCUCAUCGAUGAGCACGACCGGCGGAUCGGGGCGGAGACCAAGCACAACUGCCACCUGAACGAGAACAUAGACCGAGGGUUAUUGCAUCGAGCCUUCAGCGUGUUUUUAUUCAACACAGAAAAUAAGCUCCUGCUGCAGCAGAGGUCGGAUGCUAAGAUCACCUUUCCAGGUUGUUUUACCAACACAUGUUGCAGUCAUCCAUUAAGUAAUCCACAAGAGCUUGAGGAAAGCGACGCGAUCGGAGUAAGACGAGCAGCACAGAGGCGUUUAGAGGCUGAAUUAGGAAUUCCCAUGGAAGAGGUUCCUCCAGAAGAAAUUAAUUAUCUAACACGAAUUCACUACAAGGCUCAGUCGGACGGCAUCUGGGGGGAACACGAAAUUGAUUACAUUCUGUUCGUGCGGAAGAACGUGACCUUGAAUCCAGAUCCCAAUGAGAUUAAGAGCUACUGUUACGUGACAAAGGAAGAGCUAAAAGAACUUCUGGAAAAGGCAGCCCGUGGUGAAAUUAAGAUAACUCCGUGGUUUCAGAUUAUCGCCGAUGCUUUUCUCUUUAAGUGGUGGGAUAACUUAAAUCAUUUGAAUCAGUUCGUUGACCAUGAGAAAAUACAUAGAAUGUGAAUGUGGAGAUGAGUGAUUAGUAAAAUACGGAAAAAUUUCUCCACUUAGUAAACUUAAUAUGAAUUUUUUUUUAAUUUUUGGUUCCCCUUAAGAACUCAUCAUCUAAAAUAUUGGUAUUUUACAAUUACAACGAGAAUUUGGAAAAGUACAACCAACUUGUUCACUUUGUAUCACAUGGCCCAUAAGUGUGGGUUGCUGUUUGUAAAAAACAUGUGGGAGAUUAUAGUUAAAAAAGGGGGGGGGGAUUCACUUCAUUUAACCUGUCUAAUCACAUAGUCCAAACAAAUAAGUGAAGCUCUUGAUUUUUGAGAUGUCAUGAUAAACAUCGUCCGCACACUUUGCUCUUUGCCAAAUGCUUUAUAAAUCAUUACAUUUUUAUCAGUCUAGAAAAAUGUGCAGUGGGAACUGUUUGCUUAGUUACUCCAGAACAGUCCAAGCUAACUUUCCAUACGAGCCGAUUAAACUAGUAAAACAGGUUCAAGAGAAAUUAAACGGUGUGUGUUCUGAUUUCUGUCAUUCUAAGUUGAUUCUGUGGUUUACUCAUUUGGGAAGUAUUUUGAUGCUGAAAGUCACACGUUGCUGUGGGUGACGAUGCUGCUCAGGUCCCUUCUGUUAGAGCCUCUGCCCCUUCCUGACGUGUUUUCGGAACAUGCCGGGCAGGCGGGCAGUCUGUAAAGUGGGAAUUGGGUUAAUUGAGGGAGUCCAGCACCGGAUUUCUUAAGCUGGACACUUGGCGUGUGGGUGGUAGUCCUUUAUGGGGAGAGUUUACCCCGUGUGUUGUAGGACGUGUAGCAACUCCCGGUUGCCGCCCGCCCACAGCCAUUCACCCCUGUUGCCCGUGAGUCACAGUGACACCAGGUGCCAAGUGCCUCCUGGGGCACAGGCGCCCCCAGCUGAAAACCAGUGUUCUCCAAAGUCAGGCUGUAUUGUAGGGGGGGAAAUCUGCAGGAAGAUUAAUGUCCACAUGAGAUUCGGGGUGUGGGGUGUGUAUUUAUUCGUAUUUAAAUUGUACCUCGACGAAUGCAUUUUUUUAAAACUCUUGCCAUAGAUUUCUCGGACCUGAAAUCUUACAACAGCUGUAUUAUCCUCGAAUGUUGUAUAAUAAACACUGGGAAGAUGAAAAAUUAUUUAACAGAGCUAAAUGUUUUGUGAAUUCAGUAGAAAAGCCCAUUUCUUAAGCCUGAAGAGUUGCUGAAAACUUCAGGCAAGACGAUGUGGCAAGUACUAAUUUUACUGAGAAGCAAAACCAAUAAAAGGAAUUACCACAUUUUAA